UCUCUCUCUCUCUCUCACUGAUUUGAGAUUCAGACACAGCCCCUGUUCUCUCUCUCGCCGUCUUGUUCCAGAUCUCGGCAAGGAUCUGGAGCAAGCUCUGUUUCUGGUUCUGGUCUGAACAGCAAAGUAAAAAAAAAUGGAUGCCUUCUCCUUCCCCUUCACUUCCACCAUCUCUAAAUUCAGUUGCUUGGCCAUAUGGGUUGUGUUCUUGGUUUCCUCUUCUUCCUUUACUUCCACAGAAGCAUAUGAUGCCCUUGAUCCUGAAGGCAACAUAACAAUCAAAUGGGAUGUCAUGAGUUGGACGCCUGAUGGCUAUGUUGCUGUGGUUACAAUGUACAACUUCCAGAAGUACAGACACAUCCAGUCACCCGGGUGGACGCUGGGUUGGAAAUGGGCAAAGAAGGAAGUGAUAUGGAGUAUGGUCGGAGGACAGACAACCGAACAAGGUGAUUGUUCCAAGUACAAAGGGAACAUCCCGCAUUGUUGUAAGAAAGAUCCGACUGUCGUCGAUUUGCUCCCGGGAACUCCCUACAACCAACAAAUAGCAAACUGCUGCAGGGGCGGUGUCUUGAACUCGUGGGUUCAGGACCCGUCCACCGCUGCCAGCUCGUUCCAGAUCAGUGUCGGUGCUGCUGGAACCACUAACAAGACGGUUCGGGUGCCAAGAAACUUCACUCUCCUUGCCCCGGGACCAGGGUACACUUGCGGGCCGGCAAAGGUAGGGAAGCCGACCAAGUUUGUAACCCCCGAUAGCCGGAGAACCACUCAAGCUAUGAUGACAUGGAACGUUACGUGCACGUACUCGCAGUUUCUUGCUCAGAGAACUCCGACCUGUUGUGUUUCCUUGUCUUCCUUCUACAACGACACCAUUGUCGGCUGCCCGACCUGUGCUUGUGGAUGCCAAAACAAGAACAGCACUGACUCUGGCGGCUGUGUCGAACCGGACACGCCCCACUUAGCGUCGGUGGUGUCACCUCCGACCAUGAAACACGGGACGGUGCUGCCGCCGCUGUUGCAGUGCACGAGCCACAUGUGUCCGAUCCGAGUUCACUGGCACGUGAAGCAGAAUUACAAAGAGUAUUGGCGCGUGAAGAUCUCCAUAUCCAACUUCAAUUACCGCAUGAACUAUUCUCAGUGGAACCUCGUCGUUCAACACCCAAACCUCGACAAUGUCACUCAGAUCUUCAGCUUCAACUACAAACCCCUCACUCCUUACGCUGGAUUAAACGAUACUGCGAUGUUAUGGGGAGUUAAGUUCUACAACGAUUUCCUGUCGGAAGCCGGGCCUCUCGGGAACGUACAGUCGGAGAUCUUGUUCCGCAAGGACAAAUCCACUUUCACGUUCGAGAAAGGUUGGGCCUUUCCGAGAAGAAUCUACUUCAACGGCGACAACUGCGUCAUGCCUCCGCCUGACACUUAUCCGUUUCUUCCCAACGGCGUUUUCCGGCGAGCUGUCUCUCUCGUCGGUCCGGUUAUCUCCGCCGUGCUCUCUUUUCUCGUGUUCUUCGCGUAAUGAACGCUUCCCUGUAUUUUUGCCGGUUUUGUUUCUGACCGGAGAUUCCAUGUCCGGCGAAUGUGGCGGUGGUCGACGGUGGCUGGUGAAUCGGACGGCGAAGUGGCAUAUGCGUAAUUUACGAGUUUCUGAUGUCCAGAUGUAGAAUCUUCUGUUUUUAUUUCUUUCUCUCUCUCUGUGGCUUUUCUUAUAGUUUUGAUAUUCACCGGUAUGUUGUUUCUCUUAUAGAAUAUACCAGAGAAUGGCAUGCCAAAAAGAUUAUACAUGUGGAUGUUUUGUAAUCUGUAAUUUUAUUGCUUAAUAUUUUUUUAA